AUGAAGAUCUUUAUUCUUGUUUGUAUCACUUUUAUAUGUGGAUUUUUUGUAAAUGUUUCCAAUUCUAAUCCUCUUCCAUAUGAAUCUAUCUUCAACUUUGGUGACUCUAUAAGUGACACUGGAAAUGCUAUGAAGAGUUUUCCUCCCAUGCCUAGCAAUAGUCCUUACGGCUCAACAUAUUUCAAACAUCCCGCCGGGCGAUUGUCAAAUGGACGAUUGAUAAUAGAUUUUAUUGCUGAAGCAUAUGGGUUGCCAUUUUUGCCUGCCUUAAAGAAUCUCACCAAAGACCAAGACAUUACGAAAGGAGUGAAUUUUGCAUUUGCUGGUUCCACUGCACUUGAAUCAGAGUUUUUUAAACGUCAUGGAGUCGAUCCACCAGGGACAAAUAACUCAUUAAGUGUUCAACUUGGUUGGUUUAAGGAUCUAAAACCAUCCAUUUGCAAAAGCAAAGAAGAGUGCGAUGGAUAUUUUAAAAAUUCAUUGUUUCUUGUUGGAGAGAUUGGUGGAAAUGAUAUUUUGUCGCAUCUCACACAUAAAACUGUUACAGAAAUUCGAGAAAUUGUUCCUUUAAUGGUUGAAGCAAUUGCGAAUGCUACUUCGAUAUUAAUCGAAGAAGGAGCCAUAGAGCUAGCAAUUCCUGGAAACUUUCCAAUAGGGUGUAAUGCUGCUUUUUUGUCAACAGUGGAUAGUAAGAAGAAAGAAGACUAUGAUGAAUUUGGAUGCUUGAUACCUUACAAUACUCUAGUAGAAUACUUUAAUGAGCAACUAAAAAAUGCUAUAGAGAUAUUACGACAAAAAAAUCCUCAAGCUAAGAUAAUAUAUUUUGAUUACUAUAACGAUGCCAAACGUUUAUAUCAAACACCACAACAAUAUGGCUUUACUUCAGACAAGAACGAGAUUUUAAAAGCAUGUUGUGCAUCAAAUGGACCUUACAAUGUCAAUCCAAAGACACCUUGUGGAGUUCUUGGCACAACUGUUUGCUCAGAUCCUUCAAAACAAAUAAAUUGGGAUGGAGCCCACUUAACCGAAGCAGCUUACAAAAUGAUAGCAAAAGGAUUAGUCGAAGGCCCUUUUGCAACACCUUCUCUUAAAACCUCUCUUUUUAAGAUAGUCUAA